AUGGGUUCGAGCUCAACAGAAGUUUCUACGAUUGUGAAGAAUUGGAGAGAGCAUCCUCCUGCUUCUUAUUCCCUCAAGAUUCAUAGCUUCUCCCAGUUUGAGAAUUCCAUUGCCUCUUCUGAUGAUAAAUACCAAUCUCGUCUUUUCUCCUCUGGUGGAUAUAAAUGGAGAUUGAUCGUAUACCCAAAUGGGAACGAAGAGGACAAUGGGAGUGGGUUUAUUUCAAUGUAUGUGGAAAUAGACAGCGAAAGUUUGAUGGUAUUCACACCACCAACAGAAAUUUUUGCGGAGCUCCGUUUCUUUGUCUACAACAAGAAAGAAAACAAAUACUUUACGAUCCAAGAUGUAGAAGUAAAGCGAUUCAAUGCACUUAAAACGGUGUGGGGGUUGCAACAAAUUAUUGAAUGUGUUACAUUCAAUAACCCUGACAACGGUUACAUCUUUGAGGGAGGUCAAUGUGAGUUUGGUGUAGAUGUCAUUGUUGCUCCACCUCUUACCAAUUGGGAAAUCCUCUCUUUCACUGAGAAACACUCUGAUCCUAAGUUCUCUUGGGCUAUAAAGAAUUUUUCUACGUUGAAAGAAAAUGUCAUGACAUCAGACAUUUUCCAGUGGGAGGAAAGAAAUGGUGGGGUUCUAAAGCUGUAUCCAAAGGGGGACUCUAGAGUAGAUGGAAAAUGGCUAUCCAUUUUUCUGUAUUUAGCUGAUUGUGAUAAACCAAAAGCUGAUGAGAAGAUUUUCGUGCAAGCAAAUAUCCGAGUUCUUUACCCACUUGAAUCCAAUCACAAAAAAGUCCCAAUUGACGACUGGUACACAGAACAAACCCCGGCUUGGGGUUGGGCUCGGUUCUUAUCUUUAGAUGAACUUCGAAAGGUUUACUUGGACAAGCAAGACGAGCUUAAAGUUGAGGUCGAAUUUAAAGUUGUUUCUGCGACCAAGUACUCUCCUAUUAUCUAA